UGGCUGGAUGGCCACCCUGUCAGGGCGAGCUUGAGCCCAAGGCUCCCUUGGGUACUGUGUCCCUGCUCUAGGGCCUACAGCCUCAUACUUCAUGAUAGCGGCAUGUCACAGGAGGCCACAGAGGCACCAGCAAUGCCAGGAGAAGGGCAUGGUCAUAAUAAGGCCAAGGCACGGUGGCUUCUAGGCACUGACAGGAAGAGGAGUCGCAUCAACAGGACAAGGCAGGACCUGUGGGAGGACACUAGCUGGAGCAAUCACAGACUGAGCAGAGCCACCUCUGCCCCUCGAGGGACCAGAGCUAGGGGAACAGCUCAUGGCAGGAGUGAGGCCAGCCCGGAGAACGCAGCACGGGAACGGACUCGGGUGAAGACGCUUCGUCAGGCCUUUCUGGCCCUGCAGGCUGCUCUGCCCGCAGUGCCACCCGACACCAAGCUUUCCAAGUUGGAUGUGCUCGUGCUGGCCACAAGCUACAUUGCCCACCUCACCCGGACCCUCGGCCAUGAGUUGCCUGGCCCUGCCUGGCCUCCCUUCGUGCGUGGACUCCGUUACUUGCACCCGCUAAAGAAGUGGCCCAUGCGAUCUCGUCUCUAUGCAGGAGGCUUGGGAUGCUCUGACCUCGAUUCCACCACAGCUAUCACGACCGGCCAAAGAUGCAAGGAUGCAGAGCUGGGGUCUCAAGACUCUGUAGCCGCAGAAAGUCUCCUGACCUCUCCAGCUUUUGGUAACAAAUGACCACCAUGAUCAUCCUAUUCUCUUAGACGGUGCCUCUGCUUAAGGACCUGGAUUUUCUGCCUGCUUUACUUGUCUUCCCCUUGACUCCCAGCCUUUGGAUUUGUCUCAGGCUCAAGUUUCAAGUUCAGGCUUGGCUUCCAGCAGGCAGAAGAAGCAGUAAUGACAUCAGUAAUAGAGAGUCCCCAGGAAACCCAGGAUGGAGUUCAUUCACCUUUGGCUCGUCUAUGGCAGUGACAGGAAGUGACAGAGAAACCGAGGUUGACAUGGUUCAGUCAAGUUAGGGAAUCACAUCCCCCUCCCCCAGGGCUCUUCAAGACAAGAAGGCAGGAAGACAGAAAUUGCUCUGCCAAUACAGCGUGGGGUUAGGACAGCAGUAGCCCCUGGUGCUCAUGGGCAUAGCAGGGUGCCUGAAGGGCUUUUGGAAGCAGUAAGUAUGAACACGUCUGGGGUCAGGUCACAAAGCCAGACAGGAAGCUAAAGAAUGGAGUGAUUUCUUUUUGAAAUUUCCCGACGAGAUGUUUAUUCAACAUCAAAGAGUUUAGAGUCCUUCUCUCUGGAAUAUGGUCUCUCCAGUGGUCCCUUGUCACCGCCUUCCUGCACCAGGGCCCUGCUGCCUUUCACAUUUCAGCAGAUGAAGCCCCCAGACUUACAUGGCUGACAAUCCAGGGAAAUUUAGCUAGUCCAAGCUAUCUAGGGUCAGAUCAUUUUAUCCCACAGGCAGCUCUGCCUUUGCUCAAAGAGGCAGCCACUCACAGCCCUGCCUGUAAAGGACAGCAAUCCUUCCAGCUUUAUCUCCUUGAUGGCCCAAGAUAAAGCAGGUGCAUCACUCUCCCGGUGUGAUAAGCAGUGUCUCCCCCCCCCCCCACCCUCAUGUUAGUAUGUUAGAAACAUCAUCUCACAGGGCUUCGGCAAGAUUCCUGUACCAUCAGCGAUGGGGGCUUUAUUGGUUUUGGUACAAUCUGUGCAUUUCUAUAUAUCAGCUCCCAAGGCCAACUUCUUUCCAUAGGCAUUGACAUCCCAGGCUUGCCCCAAUUCCUGGUACAAGGUGUCAAAAGUUUUCUAGAGCUUUAGUGGCAUUUGUCCUUGACCCUGAAGAAAUAACUGGAGACCAACCAUACACUAAGGUGGGCUUUGCAAGUCAGGUAUAGUUUCAGGUUGGUCCCUGGGGUCUGAACAUAGCAGGAACUGCCUGCCUCUCAAAUUUUAGUCACUGAGGCCAAGUCGAGUCCCAGCAGGCUGCUCAUGAGUUGAGUGGAGGCUCUGACAGGCUGGGAGGGACUGGGCCUGCUCCUCCAUAGGGAUGACCCCCUAAGGCAUCCAGGAAAGGGGGAUUGAUGGGGUGACUCAGCAAGCUGGGGUGGAGGUAGAAGACAGAACGUCCCAGCCUCAGCUGCAUGGGCUGUGGGAGAGCAGCUGGACUAUGGCUGGGAGCCAUGGCGGACAGCCUCAGCCAAGGCCAAACCCAUAAAUCUGCCUGGUCCCACAUUUCUCCUAGGGGACCCUGAGAACUUGUAGAGAGCUGAUCCAGCAGCUGGACAGGGCCAAGCAGGGGCAGCGACCAGGUGUGGGAGAGCAGGAGCCGUGUUCCUAACAAGACCAUAAAAGCCCAGUCUGGGUGUUCUAUUUUUAAAACCAGAUGGCAGCAUCUCCCUGGUUGAGUUGGAGGGUGGUAAAAAGGAGCGGGCAUGAUUUCUUCCCAGUCGGUAGCAUACGAUCUGUGUCUGGGCAGGCUGGGGACUGGCUUUGGGUACCUGCUGGGAGUCUGCUCAUAGCUUAAAGCAUCUCCCAGUAACUGAGGAGAGUUUGAUCUGGAGCUUGAAGUGUCCACACUGUCCAGACUCAGGCUUUUGCCUCCUUCCACAAACCCUUCAGGGCUGACCACAUAACACAACCCCGGUGGAGAAUCUGAGGAGGGAAAGGAGGAUGAAGUUGGCAGAGGGCCAGGUAAAGAACAAGUCCCACCAGGAAGGGUGUUUUGCUUUGUUUUGUUUUGUUUUGUUUUCUUGACAUGGCUCAUUGUGUAGCCCAGGCUGCCUUUGAACUUGAAAUCCUUCUGCCUCAGCAAGGAUUAUGGGCUCAUAGGCCUAUACCACUCUGCCCAAUUAGGACAAAUUUGGAAGUCUGUUCCCAGAGAAUCUGUUUUUCCCCACUGACUAGGACAGUCACCUGGCCUGAGGAGGCAAAGGGGCUGGCUGUGGGGAGGGGACCAAAGGAACACCCAGGGGCAUGACUGGGGCCUCACCCUCCCUGACCAGCACAAGGCUUCCAUGGGCAACACCAUGCUGGAGACUGGGGUCUCUAAGCCAAGCUGAACCAGGAAUGGAUCCCUUUGUUUCCACAGCAGAGGAAGAAGAGCACCUGCUGACUGGAGUUCUAUGCUCGCCUGUGGUGGGGAGGCAGUAGAAGAAGCUGAAAUCUGUCUCCAACAAUAGCUAUUGUUCCCUAGGCACAAGGAUGUAUAGGGAAGAGUAUGCAAAAGUUAAGGAGCACAGACAGCCAGUGGUGUAUGUGUGCCCUGGUGAGUCAGAGGGGUGGCCCCUGUGACCCUAGUCCAGUUUUCUUCCUGUCCCUCUCAGGGUGAGGUGCAGGUAGAGUGAAGAGGGAGAUUUCCCUGUUGCCCUCCUCCAAUGGCUAACCUUGGCUGUCAACUUCUUUGGACUGAGAGAUGAAGAGCGGGUUAGUAAAGUGGGCCUCUGGCUUUGUCUGUGAGGGCUUUUACCUCCUGAAUGGCUUAGUCCAUGGAUGGAUAAACUGGGCAUGGUGGUGCAUGCCUUCAAUCCUAGCACUCAGGAGACAGAGGCAGGAGGAUCUUUGUGAGUUGGAGACCAGCCAGGCCAACCAGUGAGACACUAUCUCAAAAAAAAAAAAUUAGACUAGUGGGUGGUGGUAGAAUUGUGGACAGGCUGGGGCUAUGUGUUUCGGGCCGUGUAUUGCCCCUGACUCCCUCCAUGUCGCUGCCGCACCCCUGACAUGACAUUACAUGAGAAAAAGAGCCGUCCCUUCCACAUACUCCUGAUACCAUGAUGUUUUGCACAAAGCCAUGACACCAAGAAGCUAUGGACUGUCUCUGAGAUUUUGGAUCAAAAUAAAUCUUUCCUACUUGACAUUGUUUCUAUCCUGAAUUAGGUCACAGCAAUGUGGACUCUAACGGAGAGUGAAAAGAUCAAGAUGGUUUCUAAGAAAUAAUCCCUUUUUCUCCUGGGAAGACCCUGGCUAGGAUGAAUUAGAUAAUGUCGGCCUCUCCCUUUCAUAAUACUAGCCCUGGAAGCUUAUUCAAUUCUAGAUCAAGGGAGGGCAAGUCAGGGCCAGUAGACCAAAUCCAACCUUUACUUGUUUGUAUGAAUAAAGUUUUAUUGGGAUAGCCCUGUA